CUCACUCAUUCAUCACAUCGUUGGUCGCUUUUUGAUACAAGAUCGCAACGCCGGGCUUGGGGCAGUAAUACUUGAAGGCUGCUCUGACCUCAGAUAUACACGUGUCGGACACGCCAGUCUGGUCCAACCACUCUUCAAAAUGUCCCGCGCACGCGACAACAGACCCCUUCGACGACGUCAUGAAUCUUGAAGAAAGGUUCUAUGAUGAAGGCUACACCCAAGGCACAAAAGAUGGCGACAGGGCCGGUAAAAUCGAGGGCCGCUCCGUCGGACUGGCAAACGGCUAUGAUAAGUUUUUGGAGAGUGGGCGUCUUUAUGGCAAGUCACUGGUGUGGGCAAAUCGACUACAAGUUCGAACACCAUCAUCCGCCGAGGUAGAAGGCGCGGUGGCGGCAAGCACACCAGCAGGUCCCGCAUCGACGACGGUCAAAAAUUCAACAGGAGCCCAGAAUAAGUGUCUCCUACCGCCGCUUCCGAGCACAAAUUCUAGGCUUGAGAAGAACAUCAUUGUGGCACAUGCGCUUGUUGAACCGGACACUCUGUCAACUGAAAACAACGACGACGCCGUCAAUGAUUUCGAUGACCGGGUGAAGAAGGCGCAGGGCAAGGUCAAGGUCAUUGAGCGGAUGCUUGGCGAAAGUGAAACUGCUGUCCAUGGGAAGGCAGGAGGAGCCGCUUGA